AUGAGUGAAGAAUACGACGAGGAGAACCAGAUGGGCGAUGAGGGUGGCAUGACUGGACCUGGUGCGCCCACGCCACUGUCUGCUUUAGAGGGAGUUGCUGGAUUGACAAAGCGUGAUAUCCAACUCAUUGUUGAUGGCGGAUUUAACACGGUCGAGUCGGUGGCUUAUACCCCGCGCAGGGUCUUGGAGCAGAUCAAGGGCAUCUCAGAGCAGAAGGCGACCAAGAUUUUGGCUGAGGCGUCGAAACUUGUGCCCAUGGGGUUUACAACGGCCACUGAAAUGCAUCAGCGACGCAGUGAACUCAUCUCUAUCACAACCGGGUCUAAAAAUCUGGAUACGCUGUUAGCGGGAGGUAUCGAGACUGGGUCCGUUACUGAGCUGUUCGGAGAGUUCAGAACAGGAAAAAGCCAGAUCUGUCACACUCUCGCUGUGACCUGCCAGCUGCCUUUCGACAUGGGUGGUGGCGAAGGCAAAUGUCUGUACAUUGAUACUGAGGGCACCUUUCGACCUGUACGAUUGCUGGCCGUUGCCAACCGAUUUGGUUUGUCGGGAGAAGAAGUAUUAGACAAUGUUGCAUAUGCGAGAGCAUACAAUUCAGAUCACCAGCUUCAGCUGCUGAAUCAGGCAGCGGCCAUGAUGUGCGAGACGAGAUUUUCUCUACUCAUCGUCGACAGUGCUACUUCACUCUAUCGAACAGACUUUACUGGACGAGGCGAACUUUCGAACCGUCAGACGCAUCUGGCCAAAUUCAUGAGGACCUUGCAACGACUUGCUGAUGAAUUCGGCAUUGCGGUGGUCAUCACCAACCAAGUUGUUGCUCAGGUAGAUGGUGGACCCAGCGCCAUGUUCAAUCCUGAUCCGAAGAAGCCUAUUGGUGGUAAUAUCAUUGCCCAUGCCAGUACAACGCGAAUCAGUUUGAAGAAGGGACGUGGUGAGACUCGAAUUGCCAAGAUUUACGACAGUCCUUGUCUGCCAGAGAGUGACACGCUCUUUGCCAUUCAAGAGGACGGUAUUGGCGAUCCUGCGCCAAAGGAUUUGGACAAGGAGAAGGAUUAA